AUGAUCCUUGCUCUCUUGAAUUUAAUCGUUGCAACAACGUCUGCACUAAAUAUUCUUAUGAUUGCGCCGACACUCUCGUACAGUCAUAUUUCAUUCAACGCGAAAAUCGCGGAGGACUUAACCUCGAAAGGUCACAAAGUGGUGAUGUUAGUGCCCGAUAUCGACAGUGAGGUGCCAAAUCCUGUCGGAAGCUUCGAAGUUGUCAGAGGAGAUGUCGGACUUGAUCCAAGAGCAUUCGCAUCCACUUUAUGGACGAAUCCAGGUCCAUAUGAGGAUAGUUCGCCGUUAAAUUUGUGGAUAUUCGUCAAACUUCUACGUGUUUCGUCGCUGUUUGUAAGGGCUUGUGGAGCACUCGCAUCUGACCAUCUGCUACUGAAUUCGUUACGGGGACGUCAGUUCGAUGUGGGAAUGCUCGAACAAUACGAUUCUUGCGGUUUCGGUUUAUUUCGCGUAAUUGGUGUCACUAACUUCGUGUGGUUGAGCGCAACUGGAAUUUAUGCAGGGCAGCCUCUGACAAUUGGAGUCAACCAUCCGCUUAGUUACGCUCCAAAUCUCUUCGCUCCUUUCGGAGACGAGAUGAGCUUCCUGAACCGUGCACAGAACGUCCUCAUAUCUGCCGUCACUGCCCUCGUCUUCUCGUACAGUCGCGCUCAGCAAUCCAGAAUCUUCUGGAAAACUGAUCUUUUCGCCACUGCACGCUCAUCCGACUCUGUGUUGGUGAAUACACUUCCAAUGCUCGACUUCGCUAUGCCAACGUCCAACAAAAUUGCGUACAUUGGAGGUUUUACAGCGCAGAAAGAGCCCAAACGUAUGGACACGUUUUGGCAGCAACUUGCCGAUUCGUCAUCCCGAGGUUUCAUUUUAGUCACAUUUGGAUCGAUAGCCAAAACGAUGGACAUGCCCUUGGAAAUGCAGGAUAAGUUCUUCACAGCAUUCUCUCAAUUUCCUGAGAUCACAUUCAUUAUAAAGUAUGAAACAACGAAUUGUACUCUGCGAAUCCCACCAAACGUGCAGUUUACUCGGUGGAUCCCUCAGGCAGAGUUGAUGGCUCAUCCCAAUUACUUGGCAGUGAUCACUCAUGGGGGCUGGAGUAGUAUACUGGAAUCUAUAAGUGUUGAGAAACCACUGGUAUUAAUCCCGCUGUUUGCUGACCACGGGAAGAACUCCAAAGUGGUGGAAGCGAAAGGCGCAGCGCUCAUCUUAGACAAAAUGAAUCUGAAAGUGUCCGAUAUAACAAAAGCAAUAGCAGAUGUGACUUCGAAACCAAGGUAUCGGGAAGCGUGCAUAAAUCUCUCUCGAAUGAUGGAUGAUGCUUCACCGCUAAAGAGCGCUGACCUUCUGGACUACCAAGUCAGACGAGCAGCCAAAGCAAGCAGAAAGAAAUUUCCGUCAACUCCUAGAGAAUCACAGCGUUUCCCAGUCAAUGCUUGUAUUGAGAUUUUCAUUGGUAUCUCAAUAGCUAUCGUGAUAACUGCUUCUUAA